AUGAAAUCACGUGAUAAACACGUGUCCAUUAAAAUCGGCGAUAUUUUGGACGAAUUGACGGCAGAAAACAAACGUCUAUUCAAUGAGUUAUUAUUUGCCAACAAAUGUCUCAUCAAACUGAAGACACAUUUGUCUGUCGUUUACCACAAAUUCGAGACAAUCAUCACAACUGAAGACAAACAUGUGUUGAAUGAAUUGCAACAAGAUUUGCAUCGAAUGAAUGGAAGUGAAGAAUUGCCGCAAAACAGUGGUCUAAAUGAUGACAUGUCUGUAGACAUCACUCGUAUUAAGACUGAAGAGGAAGAUCCCAAUGAUAGUAAUCAAAACACGGAUCUAUUGAGUGAUAAGACGAAACGUAAGAGAAAAUUAGUGGUGAAUGGAGUGAAGAGACGGCGCCGAAGACGAGAGGAAUUGAUCGAUGAGUGCACUGAAGAAGAGAUGGAAGUAAUGAAACAGAAAUACAAGAAUAGAGAGGAUAUAUGGGAUGAGACGACCGGUCGGUUCGUGUGUCCAAAGAAUGGGUGCAACAGAUCCUAUGGUCUCGUCAAAGAUCUGUACAAUCACUUGAGAGCUAAUCAUCGGAUGCCAAAAAUAGGUUAUCCCACACAGGAGGCCAUCGAUGGUCACACACAACACGCUUUCGACGCCACAACCAAUUCCUAUAUCUGUGCCGAAGAUAACUGUAAUCAGACUUUUGACAAACAAAUGAAUUUCUAUAACCAUCUCAUCAGAGAUCACUCGAAACGCCGGCAAAUUGUGUGCAAACUCUGUGGCAAAGAGUUUCCGAAAACUCAAAACCUGACAACUCAUAUGAGAAGACAUACCAAUACUAAGCCGUAUUCGUGUCAUUUCAGUGGUUGUGAGUACCGGUGCUGUACGAAGACAUCACUCACCCAACACCUGACCACUCACUCGGACGUGACACCUUUUGAAUGCGAUUACAUGGACUGCAAUAAGAAGUUUAAAACGCGAAAAAAUCUGCAAAGACAUGCCUUAACGCACGACCCAAACGCUAAGUUUCAGUGCACUGUCGAGGGCUGCGACCAGUUGUUUAAAAACACGUAUUGGCGGUCAAUACACGUGAAUAGUGUCCACAAGGGUUUGCCCCCAGAGUUGUGCAAAAUGCCGGUCAAAAUGGUUCGGUGCGAUUGGCCCGGCUGUGAGUUUGUCAGCCACGCUAGCAGUACCGCAGUCCACAAAAGCAUACACACCGGUGAAAAGCCGUUUGCGUGCGAUUGGCCCAACUGUGGCAAACGGUUCCGAUUGAGACAGUACUUAACAGAUCACAAGAAUGUCCACUCCAAUGACAAACCACUGUCCUGUCAUUGGCCUGGAUGUCACUACCGGUGCAACGAUAGCGGAAAUCUUAGGAAACACGUCCGCACGAGUCAUAAAUAA